GCAUGCUGUUGAUCUAUCCGCAGUUCUGAGUUACCAGUCAGUCGAGGCUGCUUCUUGCAUUAUCAUUUACUGCCGUGAGGGCCCGAUUGCAGGGAGAUUUGGCUUUCGAGUAGCCUUGUUUGUCUGCUUCCAUAGCCCACUUUGUCCUCUACCUCACAUUUCCGAUCGUUUCUCGAACAUGCUUCCCCUCGGCCUCCUGACGGCCGCGCAAGGCCAUCCCAUGCUCGUGGAGCUGAAAAAUGGCGAGACACUGAACGGCCAUCUUGUCAAUUGCGACAACUGGAUGAACCUGACACUCAAGGAGGUUGUCCAAACAAGCCCCGAAGGCGACCGAUUUUAUAGAUUACCAGAAGUUUACGUGCGAGGAAAUAACAUUAAAUACCUCCGAGUCCCAGAAGAAAUCAUCGAUAUUGUUAAGGAACAGCAACAGCAUGAUCGGGGCUCAUCCCGGGGCGGUCGUGGUGGACGAGGCGACGGUAAAGAUAGAGGCAGAGGCGGCAGGGGAGGCCGCGGUCGUGGACGUGGACGCGGUGGUUGAAGGCGGUUGUAUUGGGACAAACUGAUGGAAGAUUACGAGACGAGAGAAUAAAGAAGAUACCCUGAAUAUGAAAGGCGGCUUGGAGAGGCAUGCGGUCGUACUACUUUUACGGGACUUGCACGUGCAUGGUAUCGGCGUACUUUGGCCUAGCAGUGAGGUGUAUGGGGAUUUUACCAGCCGAAAUAGUUAGUUCUAGUUCACCAAGGCGAUGUCAGUCUUGUAAUAUCAUCGUCUGUUGCUGAAUCGCAGCAACUGGACAUUCCUCCAGCGAUUUGCGGAAACUUCACGGAGAUAUCACGUGACCACUAUCUUUUAGAAUCAGCUUCCAACUUCAAAACAGAUGACUUGAAC